AAAAAAGAAAAAGGAAUUCAAUUCCUACAAAAUUAAAACCCCAAAUAUCAAGCAUGAUGCUAGACGCAAAGAUUCCUAAUUCUCUCCUAUCUCCCAAAAUUAACUAUUUCUAUUCUUUACAAUAAUUCUUUUUCACCUCUAUUAGUUGAAAACUCAGAUUCUUCUCCACCAAUUUAGCCGUCCCACAAGUGCUCUUUCCACUUAAUAAUUUCCCCAAUCAAAAUCAAAAUUCCACUAUAUAUAUAUUCGAGUGCUCAUAGACCUCAAACUUUCUCUUUACUUCGAAAUGAAAAAUCACUUCUUUGUUGAUUGAGUUUUUGCAGAAAACAAUGUUUAGUUUCUGUAGUAUUUUCUUGGCUUCUCUGUGUAGUUUGAUGCUCAAGAUUCUUGGCCUCAUUCACAAACACAUAUACAUAUCAAAAUCGAGUCUUGCUGAAGAUAAAGAUGAGAGCUCUGUUUCGUUUCAGAGCGGUUUAGUUUCUAAAAAUAGUAAGUGCCAAAUUUUGUCUGGUAAUAAUAAUGUGAGUGGAUUCUUGGAAGAGCCCAAGACAGCAGUGGGAUUUGUGGUCCAAGAAUUGUUUGUCGGAGAAGAUAACGUUGUUGUGAGCAGUGAUCAGUCUGAAAAAAUCAUGGGAUUCGAGCAGAGUUAUGAAGAAAAAAGUGUUGAAUUUGAUCAAAAAUCGGACUUUUCCUCACCGUUUUACUUCAAACUGUUUAAUCCCAAUUCUCCCUUUAGCAAUGAAGAGAAAUCAUCAGAAAUGGAGAAAACUGUUUCUUUAGUAGGUGUUUAUGGUGAAGAAGAAGAAGAAGAAGAAGUCGAUUUUCGGGUUGAAGAAGAUGAAGAAUUUGCUUAUGAAAUUGAAUUGAUUCCCAGCAGCCAUUCUUCAACCCUUUCUGCUGAUCAAGAAUCGGAUGGUGAUAGAGAUUGCGCCGCCGCGCCUGAAAAGGUCGAGAAAAAUGAUUGGAUGAGUAGUUUUCUUGAUGAAGUUGAUCAUGAAAAUGAGGCCAGUUUUGAUGAUGAUGAGUUCAUAGAGGUGGAGCCUCAGUGUGUGAAGCUGAGUGAUGAAUUGGAUUUGGAUUUGGACAGAGGAAGUGAUGAUUCAUGUUCACCAACAUCAUGUGCAGAUGCUAACACUUCACAACAAGAGCCAAAAAAGUGUUGGGAUUCGGAUUGUGAUGAAGAUGAAGAUGAAGAUGAACAAGAUGUUCUGUCCCAACACCAGAAUUUGGUGCAGCAGAUGAAGAUGGAGCUCAAGAGCUGCAGAAUCGGCGGCCUCCCGACGAUCUCCGAGGAUUCGGAGACGCCUAAGGUGGUUGAGGAUUUGAGGCCUCUUGAGAUUGAUCACAAGAUUGGGUACAAGGAGUUGAUGGAGGGAAUCCAGAGAUUCUACAAGAGCUAUGCAGAAAAGAUGAGAAAAUUGGACAUCUUGAAUUACCAGACAGCAAAAGCUAUUAGUUUCUUGCAGCUGAAGGACUGUGAUGUAUUCACAGCAGGCAAGAAAAGGGGCAGCUCUGUGUUGCCAAGAUUCUUGGCUGGGAAAGUGAGGAGGGUCUAUGCUGAUCCGAUGCAUAAAACCUUGAGCCAAUUGCGCGGCGAUUUGGAGGUGGUCUACGUUGGCCAGAUCUGCCUGUCGUGGGAGAUCCUGUGGUGGCUCGAUGCAAGGGCGUGGGAGCUGCUUGAGCACGGUGGUGGUGAAGGAAGGCGCUCCUACAACCGGGCCGCUGAGGAGUUCCAGCAAUUUCAGGUCCUCCUGCAGCGGUUCAUGGAGGACGAGCCGUUCCAAGGGCGUAGGAACGACAACUACGUGAGGACCCGGUGCGCCCUCCGUAGCUUCCUCCAGGUCCCGACUAUCAAAGAUGAUUGUGGGAAGAUGAGCAAGGAGUUGGAGGGAGAUGUGAUCACACUAGAAAUGUUGAUGGGGAUCAUAAGUGAGACAAUGGUGAUUUUUCAAGAUUUUGUUUUUGGUGACAAGAAGGUUAUGACUAAUAGUGGUGGCCUAAUGGCUAAGCUUGAUGAUGUUCAACAACAUGGGUUGCUUUUGGAUGUUGUCUCAAGCCUUGACAAGAAGGGGAGGAGGAUGAAGGAGGUGAUGAGAGGGCAAACGUGCAUUGUGAGGAAGAUGAGGAAGCAUGAAGAGAGAGGAUUGGAUAGAGAGAUGGCGGCGGCGCAGGUGGAUUUAAGGUUGGUUUCGAGGGUUUUGAACAUGUCGAGAUUGAGUGGGGAUCAAUUAGUUUGGUGCCAAAAGAAAUUGAACAACAUUGAUUUUGUGGGGAGGAAGAUGAGAAGGGAUGCAUGUUUUUUGCUUUUCCCUUAGAUUUUUUCUUGUUUUAUAGUUUUAUAUAUGUAGCUGCAUUUUGCUUCCCACUUGUAAAUCAAGGCUAGGAGAAGUACUUAGAUGAUUUUCUUAUGUAAAAUCGGGAUCACUUGAAUAUAAAUACGAUAAUACUUAACUUUAUA